AUGGACGACGAGGGGUCGGUGGAGAUCGAGGAACUCUUCGCUCUGCUCAACCAAAGGCAGGAAACGGGAGGCGAGGCUGAAGGGCACGGGCCCAACGAAGAAGGCGCGGGUCGUGAUGGAGUUGGUGCUAGCCCCGAUCAGAACGUUCGACCAAUCAACGAGGUGACGUCUUCCGGCAUGUUUGGGCUGGACGGACCGCCAGACGUGGCGGAUGUCGAGAAGCUGCGCAUGCUGAGUGUGGCGAGGAAGGACUUCGGCAAGGUCGAGCGCGUUGCCCGCUCGAUGACCGCGCAAAGGAGCUUCUCAGGAGCCUCUCGCUGUACGGCCACCGGCAACCCAUGUCGGGAGGUUCGGCUCAAUAUGCGGCGGAAAAUCCAGUCGCUCAUCGUUGGCUACGGCGUUCCGGCCAUCUGGUUCACCAUCAACCCAAACGACAUUACGAACCCGGUGAAGCUGCGACUGGCGGCAUAUCGGACACGCGAUCCCGGCGCGGCCGAGGAGUUCCUAGAAGGCCUUGGGAGUGCGUACAAGCAGACAAGGCUGGCCAUGUCCGAUCCGAUGAGCGCCGCCGUAUUCUUCCACCGGGAGAUGAAGCUGUUCUUCGAUCAUUACGUGAAGGUCGGAGAAGAGUCGGUAUUCGGGCGCAUCGGCAAGUACUAUGGCGCUGUGGAGACCAACGAACGAGGGGCGCUUCAUGUUCACGGCUUGCUCUGGUUGCAUGGAAACGCGCAUCUCAGCUCGAUGCUUGCCGACAUCCACGGGGAGGAUCAGGCGGCGUAUCGCGAGCGAAUCAUACGAUACGUCGAUAGUGUCUUCUCCGAGGAUCUGGAUCAGGAAGGGUUCUGCGCCGUGCAAGCGGAGCGAUCUGUGACGUCCGAUAUUUCCUCCCUGCUGGACAACACCGAGCAGUUUUCGGCCGCAUUUGACGAGGAGGCCAACUUCUGUGCCGGCGCUACACAGGUUCACACGCAUAGCCCGACCUGUGUCAAGUAUUCCUUGGGCAAAGGAGCGCGGAAAGGGAAUCUAUGCCGGUUUAAGUCUCCAUGGAGGUUGGUCGACAAGACCGCCAUCACGGCAGACGGGGUGUUGCAGAUCCGGAGGACUCACAGCAUGGUCAAUCGAUGGAACAAGGCUAUCGCUGUUGGGCUCCGGCACAACCACGACAUUUCCUUCAUUGCGACGCAGCGCAAGACCAUGGCCCUUAUGUAUUAUGUCACGAACUACGCGACGAAGGUGGAGGACCCGGUGUGGAAGCGUGUGGCGGCCGCGGCCGAUCUCCUGGCCGCCUCAACGGGUGACGGCACGGCCAACGGAGGACAGGACGACGGUGGAGGUGCUGUUGGCGAUGACGCCGCCAAUGGGAACAGGACGCGACAGUUCUUGAUGAGGGUGGCGAAUCGUGUGUUCACGGAGCGUCCGCUAUCUCAGGUCGAGGUCGUCGCUCAUCUUCUUGGAUAUCCGGCCGAGUUCACCAACAGCAGCGCCUGGGCGUACCUGAACACAUCUCUGCUGUACUGGGAAGUCUUUCGACGGUGGCCGUAUCUCCGACGAGCAAGUGGCGCGGCGGCCAUAGAUGAUACUCUGGAUGAGUCGGUGCUCAGGCGGCCGGGCAAGCAUGCUACCGUCUGCCUCGAUGGCUACCUGAGCAAGGACUUCGGCCACAACGACGACGAGGAGUCGUGCCACCGGAGGGCAGCCGUGCAGCAUCUUGCGCUAUUUGUGCCGUGGGAGUCCUUUCUGUGCGAAGAAACAGCCGAAGACGCAAAGCGCGACGCCAAGCAAUGGGCGGCCUCAUCCGGCGAUGGCGAUUCCACGGUCGCCCACGUCGAGGAGGGCGAGACAGGCGAGGCGGGCGCAGAAUUUGCAGCGACGUAUCGGUCCAACAACAUCGGAGACGCAACGCGCCUGAUCGACGUCGUCCGAGGCGCAGUGGGCACGAAUCAGGUGACGGCCAAGUCGCCGGAGCUCAUGGCAAUGAUGCGGCAGCUCUGUCGAUUCCAGCAAUCGGCGCUCUGCUCAACGGCCGAGCUCGAGGCCAUCGCGAUUCCCGAACAAGGGUUGAGGUGCAUAAGCAUGCCAGGGCGGGUAUUUUCCGGGGCCGCACUACCGCCGCAGGAUCAGGUCAAGGCUAUCAAGUCGCAGCAGAUAAGGGCGAUGCCGGCCAGCUCUGCCAGUUCGUCGGCGGCGAGGGGCACCGGCAAGUCGCGGAUCAUUGGGGCACUCGUCGAGCUGUUCAGUGGGAAGAGCCUUUCGAAUCGUCUGCUGAUCACGGCGACGUCAGGGACUGCCGCGGCGCAGAUCAACGGCAUCACGAUCCACCGCCUGCGGGACCUUGACGGGGUGCGGCUGACAAAACGGGCGGAGCGGUUCAUCCACGGCCAGUCUCGGAUGGACUGGCAGGAGAAGGACGUGCUUGUCAUCGACGAGAGGUCGAUCGUCCUGCCGAGCGCGGCCAUCUCGUGGGACGUAGACAACUCGUUCAAGGCCGAGCAGCGGCACCAGCACGACAAAGCGCACGCGCUGUGGAAGAGAUUCACGACGGUCGUCAUGUUGAACGAGCAAAUGCGCGCCGCCGGUGAUCCGGAAUUGCAGGGGCUGCUGAAGCGGAUCCGGCAGGGUGUGCAGGACCGCACGGAUCUGGACCUCCUCAACUCAAGGAAUCGGUGGAACCUAAACAUGGAGGCAAGCUUGGCGUUCCGGGUCCAGCAGCGGUCGACGAUGCGCAUCUUCAUCUCCGAGCACAAGUGGAAGGAGGGCCUGCCGACCGAGGAAGAAGCGAUCAUGGUACUCAAUCAAGGCGACGAUAGCGCGAUCCCCGUGCCGGCCGUCUUCAUGUUCGUGGCCGGGAUGCCGGUCGUCGUGAACCACAACACCCAUCAGGGGCUGAAGCUGGUGAACGGCGCCGGCUACUCGGCGGUGGAGGUCAUUGUCGACAAGGCGUCCCCAGGGCAUCGAAUCUCGUCCGACAUGACGAUCCACUUCGGGCCGCCGGCGGGGAUAUUACUGGAAUCGGCGACGACAAAGGACCUCCACUUCAACGACGUCAGCCGGAAGGGAUUGCCGUGCGCAGCAGCCUUCGCCUGCACGGACUACAAGGUGCAGGGCAGAACGCUAGAGCGCGUGGCCCUGGAGCUGCGGGGGACACGGACGACGAAAGUCGAUGGAAGGGCCGUGCCCUCGCAAUGCGACCCGUACCGUACAGCUUAUAUGUGCAGCUAUCGCGCUGUCGAACGCUAG